UGUCAAAAAAGUUAGGUUAUGUAUGUACUAUGUUUACAAAUGUGUGAGCUAGAUUAGUGAGUUGGGAGUACUUGAGAACUUUCUUGAGUCCAAAAUGAGUUUAACGUUAAUUAGAAAAGCAAAAUGUUAUAAGACUUUGUGUCGAUUUUAUGCCGUUAAUGGACCUACUAGUCAGUCCGUAAACACAGAACAAAACCCUUCAAAUAGAUUUGAAACUGUUUUUACUUUUGACUCUGUGAGGUUUAUUGCACUUAUAAAUAGAUUAAAAGUUUAUCACUUAUUUGGAACUUCCAUAGCCAUACCCAGCUGUGGUUUAAUGGAGAUGUCGCAUGUAGUGUCUAGUGGUACAUUUUUCUGUGCUGCAUAUGUCGGUAUAACAGGAGCAGCUGUUUUAUCACUUGCAACAUUACCAUUUAGAAAUGUUAUUGGAUAUUUAUAUAUCAGUGAAGAUAACAAAAAAAUUAAAAUAUCAUCUGUUGACUAUUGGGGUAGAAGAAAAGACAGAAUAGUGGAUACAGAAGAAUGGAUACCUAUGCUGGAUGGUGAGCCAAAGUUAUUGGAUGGUCUUUACUUAUCUCCAAAACUUACAGAUGGGACUGAAUAUAAAUUACCCAUAACAUUCGGUAAAGUUUUAAAUUCUCGUAAAAUGGGUGAAGUUUUAGAGUAAAACAAUUGUGUGUAUACUGGAUGAAUUUUGGAUCCCGUCCUAAAACUGCAUAUUCAUUGCCCAAUAUGAAUUCUAUACAUAGUCUUGUUAUUCUUUGCUUAUAUCACAGAGUAAACAAAAACAAUUGGUAAAAAACCCAUACCCAGAUUUUUUCGAGCAGUGGAAAAGAAAUCACCCAGUAUAACACUUUAGAUUCUAGUCUAUUUUCAAAAUGUAAAAAUUGUUGUU